AUGGCAGACAUGGACGGAUUCGCGCAAACCCGAGGCGCUGACGACCUCUUCGAUGAUGAGAUUAUUCCAGUCUCCGCGGAGGAGCAGCAGGCUCAGACAGAGGUGGUGGUGAUCCCGGAAGCCGAUCCAGAACCCGUACCCCAGGCGCAAGGGCCAGUCAUUGAGCAACAGCCCUUUCCACGCGGGGACACACCGCAGCGGGGUCGUGGUGGCGAUCGUGGCCGCGGCCGUGGCCGUGGAGGCGCUCGGGGGAAAGGAGGACGGGGGUUGCAAGAGUCUCAGUGGGCCGAAAAGAAGCCCGCAGAGAGUGCGCCACGCAAUAAGGCUCCUAAGGCCUCCAUUGAGCCCAAAGUGCCUGCCACAGAAGCUGUGACACCGGACAAGCCACAAGAUUCAGCGAAGGACCAAGCUGCCCAGGAGGAAGACGCGAAGGGCGAAGUGCAGCCUACCAAUGGUGCUGAGCCCCAACGUGUACCGGCUGUGCGAGGAGACCGAAGUGCCACGGGGGGAGUGCGAAAGCCAAAACUCACGGAAGAAGAACUGUCGAAGCGCAUUGCGGCUGCGAAGGAGAACGCCGCUAAGAAGGCAGCUGCUCAUGCUCGCGCAGAGGCGGAUCAGGCCUCGUUCCUGGAACGCGAGCAGGUCGCAGCGGAAAAACGACGCCAGGAGGCCGCCAAUCGAAAGGUCAUGGACAACGAGCGCGAGCAGAACCGACAGCGCAAGCUUCGUGCACAAACCGGCCGUGAGUGGGACUCGCAGAAACAAGAAGAAGACUACAACCCUCGCGGUGGUGGUAGUCAAUUCCGCCGGGGCAUGCAUGGUGGCGUAACUGGGUACGCACGACGGGACUUUGACGAAGGCCGUUCUGAUGAAUCCGGUCCCCAUGCUAGUACUGGUCGAGGGCGUGGACGUGGUGGACGAGGUGGUCGUGGCCGUGGACUUUCUCGUGGGCCCCAAGGUGACCGGGCCGCUUCGAACGAGCCCUCUGAGCGAGGCGGCCCCAAGGCCUCGACACCUGCAGUCAACAGUCAAGCCGAAUUCCCGUCCCUUCCCGCUGGUAAGAAGCCAGAAGACACUGCCCCGGCUACUUUGGAAACGAAAGCUACCAGAUCACCGCCUUCGAUGGAAAAGCUCGAAUCUUCCAUGUCCCCUCUCACCGGCACUUGGGCCGACCAGGUUGAAGAGUAG